AUGAUUGCCGAUGAAUCUGAACUUUUGGAUUAUGAAGACGAGGAACCCGAGGCAGUACCAGAUGCUAAACCCAAUGGCGAGGCUCCUGCUAAAAAGGGAGUGCAAGGCGCCUAUGUAACCAUCCACAGCUCCGGCUUCCGUGACUUCAUCUUGAAGCCUGAACUGCUGAGGGCGAUCGUUGACUGCGGCUUCGAACAUCCAUCUGAAGUUCAACACGAGUGUAUCCCUCAAGCCAUUUUGAGCAUGGAUGUGCUUUGCCAGGCCAAAUCUGGAAUGGGAAAGACUGCAGUGUUCGUCAUAGCUACACUUCAGCAAUUAGACCCUGACGAGGAUGCCCACACAAGCGUCCUAGUCUUGUGCCAUACUCGUGAAUUGGCUUUUCAGAUUAGUAAAGAGUAUGAAAGAUUUUCCAAAUAUAUGCCAAAGAUAAAGGUUGCCGUGUUUUUUGGCGGAAUGCCUAUUCGUAAAGAUAUCGAAACCCUUACGAAGUCUCCGCCACACAUAGUUGUGGGAACUCCGGGUCGAAUACUGGAUCUCCUCCGAAACAAUGCUUUGAAGUUGCAGCAUGUCAAGCACUUCAUUAUUGAUGAGUGUGAUAAAAUGCUGGAUACGCUCGACAUCCGCAGGGACGUUCAGGAGAUAUUUCGCAUGACUCCUCAUCAAAAACAAGUGAUGAUGUUCAGCGCUACAAUGAGCAAAGAAAUCCGCCCAGUCUGUCGCAACUUCAUGCAAGACCCCCUGGAGAUCUUCAUCGAAAACGAUUCGAGGUUGACGCUCCAUGGUCUUCGACAACAUUAUGUCAAGGUGAAAGAGAAUGAGAAGAACCGGAAACUGUUCGAGUUAUUAGAUGAACUCCAGUUCAAUCAGGUUAUCAUCUUCGUGAAAUCAGUCCAGCGAUGUAUGGCACUGUCCCAACUGCUGGUCGAUCAGAAUUUUCCUGCGAUCGCAAUGCACCGGGCCAUGACACAAGAAGAGCGUCUGGAGCGUUACCAAGCCUUCAAGAAUUUCCAAAAACGACUGCUGGUAGCCACUAACUUGUUCGGUCGCGGGAUGGACAUAGAGCGUGUCAAUAUCGUGUUCAAUUACGAUAUGGCAGAAGACUCGGACACCUAUCUUCACAGGGUUGCUCGUGCUGGUCGCUUUGGGACCAAAGGUCUAGCAAUUACCUUCAUUUCGGAUGAGUUGGACGCCAAGGUUCUUAACGAAGUACAAAACCGCUUUGAAGUGAACAUUAGCGAACUCCCUGAUGUGAUGGAAGUUUCAAGCUAUAUGGAGGAUCGUUGA